AAAUCUCGACAAUACAUAUCUAAAUAAAGGCUAUUUAAUUUACUUGUCUGCUACAUAAGUGCGGUAAAAUAUAGAUUGUAUCAAAAAAGAAUUAUAAAAUUUAAAAUUAGAUGUGAUAAAACGACAGGUAUUUAAUGCAAAAUUUUAGCUGUUGUUCUUAAACCAUUCGGCAUUCGUAAAGCAGAAAAGCAACAAUGAAGACAGAGUUUUUUUGCAUUAUUUUGGCGCUUAUUUUCCAAGUUUCGCAGGCUAGAUAUUAUGUAAGAAAUUUAGGAAAUGGCACAGACGAUGAAGAAUUGGUUUUAGUUCAUACGAUCUUUAGACAUGGAAACAGAACACCCGAAAGCAAUAUUUACGAUAGUAAUCCUUACGGAGAUGAAAGUUAUUAUGCACCAUAUGGAUAUGCCCAACUCACAAAUGAAGGCAAAAGAACCGAAUUUAAAAUAGGACAAGCUUUGAAAACUAGAUACGAGUCGUUUUUGGGAGACGAGUAUAACAUCAACUUGAUAGAAGCUAGAUCAACGAACGUUAAUAGAACCAAAAUGUCUAUGUUACUCGUGUUGACAGGUUUGUUCCCCCCCAGCGGCGAUUUGACAUGGAUGGAAGGGUUCAAUUGGCAACCAAUCGCUUUUAAUUAUUUUGAAAACGAUAAGGUACUACUCGGCAGAAAAGUAUGUUCGAAUUACAAAAAAGCUUACAAGAAAGUUGUCAAGUCCGAUGAAAUUCAAGAGAAAUUGAAAAAAUACACUGAGGUUUUCGAUUAUCUCAGUGAGCAAACCGGUCAAACAUUUAAACUUACCAAACCCAAAGAAGUGGCUGAUCUGUUUGUUGACUUAUUAGCACAGCAAGCUUUUGGUUACCCAAUAGAAAACUGGACGUAUAAAUAUAUGCCAGAAAUGAGCAGACUAAACAUUGAUAGUUACUAUCUACUGGCAAAUACAACUAAACUGCGCAAACUUUCAGCAGGUUAUCUAGUAGGAAAAUUUAUCACCGAUACUGAAGAUAAAAUAGCAACUCCAACCAGUCCAGUCAAAAUGUACCUUUACUCGGCUCACGAAAAGAAUAUAGCUACCUUACUAAUAACUUUAGGGGUAUUUGAAGAUGUGGAUGUUCCUGCUUUCGGAAGUUAUAUUAUUGCGGAAGUGUGGAAAAUUAAUGGAGUGUAUGGAUUUAAGUUUUUCUAUCAAAACUACAACGAAAUUGAUCCAGUGGUCAAGAUUAUACCAGGCUGUGCAGAGUUCUGUCCCUUGGACGAUUUCAAAAAUUUGAUGAGCCAGUACAUUCCAGAUGACGAUUAUUGCGAACUGAAAUGAACAUUUUGAUAUUGAUGUUUUUUUUUUGACGAAAAUAUGCAAGAAUAAAAUUUAUUAUUUUUA